AGGGUCAGGAAAGAGCUGCCUUGCAGGAUGUGGACGGCAGCAUGUAUAUAAGCACUGCAGCGAUGCAAAACCUGGUAGUGUUUACAUGGCACAAAUGUAAUUGGGAAGCAUUUAUUAAGGCUUCAACUUCAUAGUUUUGGAGACUUCAACGAUUCAUCUUGGCCGACGAACAUUUUUUGGCAGAGAUGUACAACAACAAUUACACCCGGCCCAAGGUGGCAUUGAAGGCUCAGGACAUUCGCAGAUCGAAGGGAAAAAGCUGUGGGUAUUAUUUACGCAUCAUCUUCUUCUUCUCUUCACUGAUACAGUCUCUGAUCAUCGUGAGCCUGGUGCUCUUCUUGGUGUAUGGACAGCCAGCAAAGAGUGCUGAUGAGAAAAGGGUGGAGGAGCUGGAGCUCAGUUUCAGCAAGCUUUCGUCGGACAACACUAACCUGAGGAAAGAGAAAGCCGACCUCAUUGCCAUGCUUAAGACAAAGACGGCAGAGAAGGAUGCAGCUGAUAAAAAAGUGGUGAAAAUUACAGCAGAUUUGGAUGCUGCCAAAGUUAAUAACACAAAAUGUCUGCAAGCACUAGCUAUUUGUAAUAAACAACCUAUAGUUCGGUGUCCAGGCACAUUUCCAUCAAGCAGUUCUACAAAUGAACACGUGAGAACCUUACAGAUUCUCUUGGACCAGCAGAAAUCUCUGUAUGGAAUUCUCCAGGCCAAUUUCAGUCAAACGGUGCAGAACCUCAGGUUCGAUUUGGACAAUGCAAUAAAAGAUAAAAAUAAGCACGAGAUGGCCAUGAUCAAACUGAAACAAGAGAAGGAUGACCUGACUUCUGAGCUUCAACUUUACAAAAAGAAGUGCAAAGAGGAUUUUGUGAUGUCGCUGCAAGGCAUCCAGGAUGUCACAACUGCCUUCCUCGCCAAGAUUGACAACCUCUUCCCUGACACCUUUACCUUCCACCUCACUUGUUCAAAGCAGCAAGAACAAAUGCAGAAGAUCCAUGCAAAUUGCACAAACCUUUCCCGGCAAGUAGAAGACAAGUUCCAGAACUACCUGAACUCAGUUGGCGAUAAAGUCUCAGCCCUUCAGGCACGGAGCAGCCGACUGGAAGUUGAAAACAAACGUCUAACGUCUGACAAUCAGAACUGCAGCCAGAGUCGUGCUCAGGAUGCCGAGAAGUGCUUAAAACGUCUUCAGGAGGCCCAGGAAAGCCACGACAAUCUGAUGGAGUCACAACUGAACAGAUAUAAACAACUGCUCCAGGAAAAGCAGAGGCUGGACGCUACAUGUAUAACAAAGCCCCCUGUACCAAAACCGAAUGGACUGGAUUCUUACAUGAUAUACGGACAGUCGGCCGGGAAUCGGCUGGGACAGAUGGGUGUCCCUGGAUCACACACUGCAGUCCAAAGCAAACCAGGCAGCAGUCAACCACCAAAGACCAGGUGAGGAGUAAGGAGCAAGGAGCGAGUGACACACAGUAUAUUUCUACUCCAGUCCAGUCUCAGAAGAACAGCUCAAAAUUUGGGAUUUUGAGGUUCUAACUUUCAUGAGCUUAAGGUGAAUUGUAAAAGUAUUUGAUGUGUAGACAUUAAUACUACUGUGACAGUAUGAAUCAGUUGAAUGUAUGAAUACUCCAUUGUACAGGAAUGUAUUUUCAGUUCUUCAACAGUUGUACGUCAAACAUGACGGUGACUAUUUUGUGAAAAAUAAUAAAAUAAAUAAUAAUAAUUUUUUUUUUUAAAGUAUAAAGUGUCUCAGGGAAGACAGAUCUGGCCGAAUAAACUUCACUGUGAACUUUACAGUAGAAUGUAAAAUUAUAAAGUUAUACUGUUGUUAACAAUGCAAGCUUACCAUUUAGCCUUAAAUAUCCUGCAAAGGCUGGGGUAAAAGCAAUCCGAACAAGAGCCAGUUACACAUGUUGUAUUGUACAUAUUUUCUUGAUAUUAAAAUAUUUAAAUAUGUAUGUUCCUGUAUUUGUUUAAAGCAUAUUCAUCUUCAAUCCUUGUUUAUUUUCUAAAUCAUGUGACUUUGUAAAUACUAUUGAAUACAGUUGAUAAAAUAAUAAAUCACAAUUAUUUCA